UGAAAAUGGCGGCCUCCAUGAAAGUGAAAUGCUGAGCUCAUAGAAUAUGCAUAAUAUUGGAGGAGCGGAGGAGAAUGAGUCUUCUGGAAUAUGAAAACCAGAUAUUUCUAGAUGGAUACCACGAGGAUGGUCUAACAGUUCUCGCAAAGGGCCUUGGUGUUGACAGGAUAUUCUUGAAUUUCCUCAAUGCUUACAGCGAUGAAGCUAACUUGGUAUUGGUUAUUGGUACAUCCUCAACAGAGGAGGAAUAUUUCCUUGAACAACUUGAAAAUGACAAUGUAAAGCCACUGCCAAAAGUGAUUACCAAUGAAAUAAGUGCAACAGAUAGACAGAAUGUGUACAUGCAAGGCGGUGUGUUAUUCAUUACGUCAAGGAUCCUGGUGGUUGACCUUCUGACGGACCGUGUCCCACUGGACCAUGUCACAGGAAUCCUGGUAUAUAAGGCCCACAGAAUUGUGGAAUCGGGUCAGGAGGCUUUCAUUCUACGACUUUUCAGACAAAAGAACAAGAAUGGAUUUAUAAAGGCUUUCACUGACAAUGCUUGUGCAUUCACCGUGGGAUUUGCUCAUGUGGAGAGGACCAUGAAGAAUCUAUUUGUUCGUAAACUGUUUCUGUGGCCACGGUUCCAUGCCAGUGUAGCGAGUUCCCUGGAGAAACAUAAGGUAGAUGUUGUAGAAAUUCAUGUCCAGGUGACAUCUGCCAUGCUGGCAUGUCAGACAGCUUUACUUGACCUCAUCAAUGCCUGUAUUCAGGAGCUUAAGAGGUGUACUACGGCUAUUGACGCUGAUGAGAUCACUGUGGAGAAUUCUAUAGGCAAGGCUUUUGAUACAAUCAUCCGCAUGCAGCUGGAUCCCAUAUGGCACCAGAUUGGACCCAAAACCAGACAACUAGUGUCAGAUCUCAAAACUCUCCGCCUCAUUCUCAGACAUCUGACCCAGUACGAUUGUGUAACAUUCUACAGCAUGGUAAAUUCAGUCAGGAGCAGUGAAAAAACAUUUGGUCAGAACACUGGAUGGCUGUUUCUGGAAGCUGCUGACAGUCUUUUUAUGCAUGCCCGAGAGAGAAUUUAUGGCCCACCAGCGAAAAAAACAAAAGAGGGCAGCGAAACAAAAGCUGAUCCGGAACCUGUUUUUGAGCUCUGUCCAAAGUGGAAAGUGUUGUCCGAUGUUCUGAAGGAGAUUCGCGAAGACAACAGUAAGCAACCAGCUGACCAGGACCCUGGCCGAGUUCUGAUUGCAGCUGAGGAUGACCGCACUUGUAGUCAGCUGAGAGAGUACCUCUGUGAGGGAGGACAGAGCAUGUUGGUACGUUUGUUCAACAAGUCAGUGGCCUUCAGAGGGCAACAAUUGGAAGAUGUGUCAAAGAAAGCCAAAUUUGAUAGGUUUGCUAAAGCCAGAGGAAAGAAAGAGGAGAAAGCGAAGUCCAGCUCGAGUGAUACCGGCCUUACACUUACACAGAUGUUACACAAGGAAGAUAUGGAUAUAGACCUGGAUGCUGACAACAACCCUCCAGGCCCUGCCUGCACAUCACAGGAUGCUUACUAUGGUCUGAUGAAAGAACCAGUGACGGUGAUACAUCCCCUCCAUGGGGGCUCCGACCACAAAGGACUCACUCGUACUCUACAGGAGAUCCAGCCCAGAUAUGUCAUCCUUUAUGACGCAGACAUGCAGUUUGUACGGGAGCUUGAGGUGUUUAGGGCGAGCCAGCCAGGGGUCCCACUACGUGUAUACUUUCUGAUGUAUACAGGAUCAGUGGAGGAACAACGUUAUCUUACCACACUGAGGAAGGAGAAGGAGGCAUUCGAGUUCCUCAUCAAGGAAAAGGCAAGCAUGGUUAUACCGGAGGAACAAGAUGGGAAAUUGGAGGAUGAUCCAAAUUUAUCAAGGGACACAACUCCUGCAAAUGCUACUGUCAACACACGAAAGGGUGGAUCACAACCUUCAUCUGUACAACAAAAGGUAAUUGUAGACAUGAGGGAAUUCCGGAGUGAGCUGCCAUCCUUGAUCCACAGACGAGGGAUAGACAUUGAACCUGUUACAUUAGUGGUUGGAGACUACAUUCUGACACCAGAUAUCUGUGUGGAGCGUAAAAGUGUUAGUGAUCUGAUUGGCUCACUGAAUUCCGGCCGACUAUUUAACCAGUGUGUAUCCAUGUGUCGACAUUACAAGAGACCUGUGCUACUGAUUGAGUUUGACGCCAAUAAAUCCUUCUCUCUCCAGGGAAAAUACCAGAUUUCAAAUGAUGUUUCACUACAAGACACCAUCUCCCGCUUGGCAUUACUGACACUACAUUUCUCCAAGCUUAGGAUCCUGUGGUGUCAGAGUCCGUAUGCCACAGCUGAAAUAUUUGAAGAACUAAAGAUGAGACGUCCUCAACCAGAUAGUGCCACUGCAAUGGCUAUUGGGUCUACAGAGGAUGGGGAGCAGUGGUCGGAUCUAUACAGCCAUGCCCCUCAGGAUUUUCUGCUGAGACUACCUGGGGUUAACGUCAAGAACUAUCGCCUCAUCAUGAAAAAAGUUCACAAUCUUGCAGAGUUAUCUACCUUGUCAGAGGAGACAUUAACAGAAAUCAUGGGAAAUUCAUCUAAUGCAAAAACUCUUCACAAGUUUCUUCACUCGGAGCAUAAGAAAGGAGAAAUGUCGGAGAAACUGAAUAAACCAGCAAAAACAGACUACAGACGAGGAUUCAAACGGAAAAAGUGAUGUGUUGAAAUUGUUAUUACAGUUUCAAUGUAUUAAAUUAUAUAGCCAAUCGAUAUAUAAAUGCAGAAUCCAUCCAUUUGUCAAUAUACAUCAACGUGAUAUUUUUAUUGAUAUUUUGAGGAAUAGCCAAGAUUCAAGCUGGUUUAAAUAUAAAGAUGUUUUCUUUAUUAAUGCUUUUACAUGUAUUUAUGGUAAAGAAUUAAAAAUACAUGGGAACAAUUUUGUAUGUUUUUCAAAAAAAAAUAUCUUUCUAAUUGCUAAACAAUGAUAUAAAUUCAGGUAUUUUCAAGCACUAAAACAGCUAAUAAGCAUCUUUAACAUGUGACCAUCUUUAAUAGUGUAUGUGUUUGGGUAUGGGUACUGAAAAAGAUGUUCUUUUUUCAGAGGUCUUUACAUGUUUUAGAUUAAACAAUUCUAGGUUGAAGGUUUGGGUUAAUAGUUUUGCUUGUUAUACAAUUAUUUAAUACAUGAAAGAUGAAUUCCUUUUUUUACAUGCUUUGGUCUUUGGAUGAAUUUAGCAUUUAGCUAAUUUCUUGCAAAGUGGUAAUUGUGGCAUACAUAUUUUACAAACAUAUUUCUAGUUUUCAAAUAUGAAAAUUUAAAGAAAAUAGUAACAUUUUUGGAAAUAUUCAUAAAGAAAAUCAGUUGAAAUCUUGGCUAUGUAAUCAUUAGUGGAUUAAAUCUCCAGCAUUGAGGUAUAAUGUGAUGAAAUAUCUUAUUUAUUUACAUAUUGCGAUAUUUAUUUUUCAAUGAAAUUAAACGAUUAUCUUUA